AUGCUGCUCAGGCCCCGGCGACCGCUACCACCUGUCCCGCUCGCGACUCCCGAGCCGUCGUCGCCGGUCAGCCCCAAUUCCGAGCUGUGGGCGGCCGGGGACACCCCGGCAACCCCGCCCGGCGCGCUGGCGGCUCCGGUGUUGCCUGUGUCCCCCGGGUCGGCGCAGCGUACGCCCUGGAGCGCCCGAGAGACGGAGCUGCUGCUGGCCACACUGCUGGAACCGACCGUGUGGCGCUCGCUGCUGCUGGACCGCCGCCAGGCGCUGCCCACUUAUCGCCGCGUGUCGGCCGCGCUGGCCCGCCUGCAGGUGCGCCGCACGCCCGCGCAAUGCCGCCGCCGCUACAAGUUCCUGAAGGAUAAAGUCCGAGAUGCGGAAGGCCAGCCCCCGGGACCCUUCGACGCGCAGAUUCGGGAGCUCAUGGCAUUGCUGGGCGACCAAGGCCAAAAGCGCGGCCGCCGCCGUUCUCCCGGGCCCGGACGUCCUCCGCGCGGCCGCCGCCCGGCCCCCAAUACGCUUGCAUCUGACGAAACAGAUGCCUCGCCGCUGCUGGCCGAUCAUGACCCUGACGCGGAACACACCUGGACCCUCCGGUUCAGCCCAACCCCGCCGAAGUCUGCGGGUGCACCUCGCGCGUCCGACUCGCCGCCGCCGACACUCGGUCCGGCGGCCUCCUUGGCUUCCGCCCACGCGGUUGAGGGGGCAGACCGGCUGCCCGAUCCCCCUCAGCAGCCCGCCCCCUCGCGCCCACCUUGCACCCCGUCGCCGACACCUAGCCCCACUGAGGAACACCCAGGGCCGCAGCCCGGCCGCCCCGGGGAGCGCGUGCCACCUCGCGCCGCCUCGUCACUGAACGAGGCCCUCCUGGAGACCCUGGGGCACCUGGGUCACAUUGCGGCCACCCUGGGCCCACUGCGCGAGCAGCUGCUGAUCCUGAACCAGCACGUGGAGCAGCUGCGCGGUUCUUUCGACCAGACCGUGUCUCUGGCUGUGGGUUUCAUCCUGGGAAACGCCUCCGCCGAGAGGGGCCUUCUAACGGGCCGCCGGGAGUAA